AUGACAAUGAAGAAUCCAUUUACAAAGAAACGGCAAACACUAGUAGCAGGAACCACACACGUAUCAAGCGCACGCGCCACUAGCACGGGCUGACACUGGCAAGAAGCCUUCACGCACCACGAAGCCAAACGGCAUUACCUGAGUCGGACAGGAAUUGCCAAGCGGCCUGGUCACUAUUGAUUUUGUGACAUGUAUCCCGUGAUGGUAAUUGCAGGAGAGCCCGAGCAUCAUGCAUAUACGGAACUGCGGUUUGUUCGCAGAGUUACUCAACAUCGGCAGUUAGCAAGUUGGGCGGGUCAAUUGAAAACGCUCAUCUCCGCGUGUCAUUAACAAACGCAUAAAACCGUUAUUGGAAGAAGAGAAGCGAUUUCGCCAUGUCCAAGAACAUUUAAUGGCAUCAGAUGGAUUUCGCGGAUGGUACUUUUUCCCCUAUGUUGUCCGGAGUUUUUGCAAACCAAUAUAUAUUCAAUGAGGUAUACAGGCGACGGACGAGUUGCGUAACGACUUUGAAACUCAAGCCAAAACCACUUAGAACGAAUGACUGAUGGUCACAGUGCGACAACAUGAUCCCAACUUGAAGUUGCAUUGGCAACGGGUUAAGAUCUCAUAAUCUAACUUGCGUAAGCUGCGGGAUGUAAACGACAUUAGCAGAGACUGGUAAUAGAUUGGUAAUAAGGCGGAGGACUUUUGGGACACACUUGUUUUAACUGAGACAAUGACGUCCACGAGACGACCGUUUAAACUAAGCGUGAGCAAUAUUUCAAAACUGAACCUGAACAUGUUUCUGGUUUACACAAAAACAAUAAUGUCUUCUUCGAGGCUUGUUUUCUCUUAAAGAUGGGCGAUGCCUUCCCCCAUACUUGUAAUAUGGGUUCUGCUUUCAAUUCUGGUGGCGGGAACGUGCACGUUUAGUUUCUUGCAGCCGUUUUGGUUUCUGCACGAACACUUCACCCAUUCGUUUGGAAUCAUCAGUUUUUGUUUCGGCGACACCCGCUUCUUUUACGCUCAGGAGGUGUGUGGAUCGUACGGCGGGAAUUUCAACCUUGGGAGUAUUCCGUCCGGGGCGUGGCAGGCUGCGUGUGUCCUCUAUGGCGGUGGGUGUGGCCUGCUGUCCCUGGGAGCACUAUUUGCGACAUGUGUCGUCUGCGUUCCAGUUGACUACCGGAAGCGUACAACCAGGGUGGCAGGGUACACACAGAUCAUUUCAGUUCUAAUAAUGAUAGCUGGGCUGCUCAUUUAUCCCUUGGGCCUUGGGUCGAACUUCUUCCGGCACUACUGUGGUGAGACCGCUUCCGCUUACAACUCGGGACACUGCGUGAUUGGCUGGAGCUACAUGCUAGGAAUUAUGGGAACUGCGCUGUCAAUGUUUUGUCCGUUUUUGUGCCAGUAUACGGAUAUGAAGACAAAUGAAAUAUUCUCUUAGCCCGACGAACGAAAACAACCGUUACCGUAGCUCAAAAUGUUCUAUUCCAUUCACAUACCAGAAAGAUGACAUCAUGGAGAGAUAGUGGUACUAGUUACUGUCCACUUAGUUACAAUGGAUAUUGCUGCUGAAAACAGAAACUUAUUAUGACGUGCUAUGCAUGUGUUCACACAUUAAAUUUGAUCGUAAUAAUAAUAAUAAAAUUGUAAUACAUUUGUUCCAUUUUCUCUUUCAUUAUAUUGAUAUGUGUGUUUGUGUUAGAAUAAACAAAUAAGAACAAGCCGAUUUAAGUUUGGAUUGACGAUCAGUUCUUUUACAUAAACUGUUUAAGAACAUGUUUACUUUAUGAAAUGGAAUAUUUACAAAAUAUAUGAUUCAAGGGUAUGAUUUACACAAUCCACCGUAUUUGGAAUAUACAACUGAAAUGGAGAUCAGUCAUUAACGUGGCACGAAACUGAUUUUACAUUUUAUUUUGAAGUGGACGUUGGAAUUCCGAUUGAAUUGUUUUUCAUUGUAUACAAACAUUGCUUAUUGUAAAUCAGCAUCAACAUAUUUUAUAAUUAAUUAAUAAUUUUCGAUACACUGCAAUAAUUACUCUUAUUUAUGACAAUUAAUUACAGUAUCACAGGGCAUAAAAGAAAUCUUGGACCAGUUGCCAGGAGAUAUAUACUACAUGGAAAUAGCAAUGAACAACUGAACUAUUUUGCAUGCACAUGUUCUAAUUUAGGAUAUACUAGUAGUUAUGAAGUAUUGUCGACAAUCCUGGUCUUAUUUCGCCAAUUAUUAUGCACUAUCAACAUUUAUCAGGACUGUAAUGUUGAUAUGUCUAGUGUAAUGUCGACAGUUCUUGUGUAAUGUGGAAAUGUCAAAUGUAUUGUCGACAGUUCUAGAAUAAUAUCCAUAUUUCUGGUGUAAUGCCGACAGUUUUCGUGUAAUAUUGAUAGUUCUGAUGUAUUGUUGACAGUUCUCUUAUGUUAUCGAUAGUAACACCUGUCGACAGUUCUAGUGACAUGUCGACAGUGCUCCUAUAAUGUCGAUAGUUCUUGUGUACUAUCGACAGUUUUCCUGAAUUAUAGAUAGUUCUAUUGUACUAUUGACAGUUCUGUUAUAAUAUCGAUAUUUCUAGUACUGUAGGCUCUGGGGUUGGGGGUGUAGUUCGUGUACAUGACUCUUUUAGAGAGUUAACUUAAACAUUCUGGUUCUAUAUGACAAGGUCUUCAGAAAACGUUUGGGUAACACUUCAAGGUUAAGUACGCUUUCUACCUUCCAGAGCCAGGACUAGAGUGUACUGUUGACAGUUCUCCUGAAUUAUCGAUAGUUUUAGAGUACUCUCUGCAGUUCUGUUGGCAGUUCUCCUGAAUUAUCGAUAGUUUUAGAGCACUCUCUACAGUUCUAUUGGCAGUCGAUUGCUUGCAGCUUGUAUUAACCCGAAUUUCUGACGAUCAUUUACCAUGAUGGUUGCUUAUUGUGUACAUAUUUGUGAAGUGAAAAUAAAAACAACAUGGGUGCCUCAUCAUUAUGUAAGUGGAUGAAUGAUGGGAUGCCACGACUGUACGCCAUAUCAAUAUCUGACCGUGGCUUGUGGAACCAACACUUGUGACGUGUUAAGCAAAUUCUAUUAGAAACUGUAGAACAGACUAAAUUAGGUGGUAUAGCCGUUUGUCCGUGUGUAACAUGGCUGUACAUGUUCUUUUUUUUUUGUAGUUCUCAAACGUGGGCGCCUCAUCAUUACGUAAGUGGAUGAAUGAUGGGAUGCCACGACUGUACGCCAUAUCAAUAUCUUAUCCUGGCUUGUGGAACCAACACUUGCCACCUUGUGACGUGUUAAGCAAAUUCUAUUAAAAACUGUAGAACAGGCUAAAUUAGGUGGUACAGCUGUUUGUCCGUGCGUAACAUGGCUGUACAUUUUCUUUCAUGUAGUUCUCAAUUGCUUUUAAUGCUACCAUUUCGUCUUGGUGUGAGUGAAAAACACAAAAAGUGGGUGCGUGAAUUAUAUAUAAUUUGCCUUUACUAAUAUAUUUUUGGUUUAUGCGUGUGUGUACAUUACGUUGCAAAUGAAUAUUUUGUCACACUUCUAUUUAUUUAUUUAUCAAUCAAUCACGUAUUGUGUAUUUAUGAAAGAAAAAUAAAGAAAAUUAUACGA